ACCAAAGAAUAUUUUAACAAAACCAACAACAACAAACAUGUCUUCAACAUCAGCCUCACCCAUCAGCAACAUUACCGUCGAUGAUGAAUUGAACAUCCAUGAAGAUUUCUCAGCGGAUUAUUUGAAUAUUAAAGAAGAACGUGAAAGCAGUCUAUCACCAAUUCUAACUCCACCACACACGCCGACGGAUAUUUCUACAUUGCGUAGAAACAGUACCGGUUUGGCAGUGAACAACAACAAAGAAGGUGCCCUCUAUGAAAUGGAACAAUUGAGAGCUUCAUCAGGAACUGCUUCCCGCACCUAUGUCUCCAUGAUGGACAGCCAAAUGCAACAACAACAACAGCAGCAUCAACAUCGUUUGUGGCUACAAAUGCAACAACAACAACAGCAGCAACAACAACACCAUCAUACCCAUGUUGCCGCCAUGCCUUAUCCUCCUGCCGCCGCUGCCAAUCAAUUUUUGCAUGCCGCCGCUGUUGCUGCCGAUCCCUUGGCUGCCCAACACCAAGCCCUGUUGAUGAACCAAUGGAUCCGCAAUGCCGCCCUGUACCAACAACAUCAGCAUCAUCAUGCCCAUGCUCAUGGCCAUCAUCAUCCCCAUGUCCAUCCCGCCGCUGCACAUCCAGCCAUGCAUGGCAUGCGUCCCUAUCCCGCCGGUGCCCUCCACGGUCUCCAUCCAGCUGCCGCUGCCCGUUUGGGCGCCUGUGCCGGUCUGCCACCCAUGAAAUUGGGUGCCGCCCCCACAGCUGCCGGUUCCCGCCCCAAGAAACAGUUUAUCUGCAAAUACUGCAAUCGUCACUUCACCAAGUCCUACAAUCUUUUGAUCCAUGAGCGCACCCACACCGAUGAACGUCCCUACUCCUGUGACAUCUGUGGCAAGGCUUUCCGCCGCCAAGAUCAUUUGCGUGACCACCGUUACAUCCACUCCAAGGAGAAGCCAUUCAAGUGCGGUGACUGCGGCAAGGGAUUCUGCCAAUCGCGCACCUUGGCCGUCCACAAGAUCACCCACUUGGAAGAGGGUCCCCACAAGUGCCCCAUUUGCCAUCGUUCCUUCAAUCAACGUGCCAAUCUCAAGGCCCAUUUGCAAAGUCACAGCGAAGGUCAAUUGGCCAACAGCAGCCUGAACAGCAGUGGUGAUCUGAAAAGCGAAGCUUCAACCCAGGAAUUGAAUACAAGUCAACCUGAAUCGUUGAACCAUUCUAGCGAAGAACUGCUACUGCAACCCGUUGCUCAACAACCCAUUUUGGAUUUAUCUGCCUCCAGUGUUCCCAACUCCGCCACCGCCUCCUCCAUUGCCAAGCCAAAACGCAGUUUGGGUUUCACCAUCGAUGAAAUUAUGAGCCGUUAAACGGUUGACCUGGGAAGGAAUCUUGAAGUUCCCUUUAAAAUAAUUUGAAUUGGAACCUAGCCAAUAGCAAUGGCUUGUCUUUGUUCUUGUUCUACACUUCCAAAGGAAAAGGAAACGGGCUCACAUGG